CCCCUCCAAGAGGGGGGCCGAAUCCUGUGCCGGGGGACCCAUGUCUACCUGGGGGACGACAUGCCUGACCCAGGCCUCGUCAUGUCGGGCACAAAGUGUGACGACGCCAUGGUAUGUCUGAACCGGCAGUGUCAGAACGUCAGUGUCUUUGGAGUGCAGGAGUGCUCAGAGAAAUGCAGCGGUCGAGGGGUGUGUAAUAACAACAAGAACUGCCACUGUGAGGCCCACUGGGCUCCUCCCUUCUGUGACAAGGCAGGCUUCGGGGGAAGUGUGGACAGUGGACCGAUGAGGCUAGCAGACUACGGUGGCGUGGCGGUGGGGGUCCUGUUGACUCUAAUAACCUUCCUGGGAGCCGGCCUCAUCGUCUCCAUCAAGAGAAAGACCCUCCUGAGACUACUCUUCACCAACAAGAAGAACCCUAUGGACAAGAUGAGGUGAAUUAGAACCCUAUGAACAAGCUGAGGUAAUAUAGAACACUAUGGACAAGCUGAGGUAAUAUAGAACCCUAUGGACCAG